GUUUGAGAAGAUGAUAAGUGGGAUGUACAUGGGGGAGCUGGUGCGUCUCAUCUUGGUCAAGAUGGCCAGAGAUCAACUGUUGUUCCAGGGAAACAUUACGCCAGAGCUUCUGACCACUGGACACUUCAGCACCAACUACAUCUACACUAUCGAGAGUGACAAAGAUGAAGAAGGUCUGGCAAGCGCUGAGAAGGUGCUCCGUGACAUGGGUCUGGACCCGAGCGCCGAAGACUGCGCCGCUACUCGGAGGAUUUGUCAGAUCGUGUCUACUCGGGCCGCACGCUUGUGUGCCACCAGUCUGGCAGCAGUGAUGCGACAGAUCCGGGAUAACAAAGCAGCCGAAAAGUUGCGCAUCACCAUCGGAGUAGAUGGCUCCGUUUACAAGAACCAUCCAAAAUUUUCCAGGAGGCUCAACAAAAUGGUGCGGCGCCUUGUGCCAGACUGUGACGUGCGCUUCUUGCAGUCCCAGCAUGGCAGCGGCAAAGGGGCCGCCAUGGUUACAGCGGUGGCCUACCGUCUCGCCGCUCAGCAGGCCGAGCGGCAGCGCAUCCUUGACACCCUGCGUUUGAGUCGGGAGCAGCUCUUCGAGGUGAAGAGGAGAAUGACGGAAGAGAUGGCACGAGGCCUGUCGAAGCAAACGCAUGACCAAACAAGCGUCAAGAUGCUUCCGACGUAUGUCAGAUCCACCCCGGACGGAACAGAGCAAGGAGAUUUCUUGGCUUUAGACCUUGGUGGAUCCAGUUUUCGUGUUCUUCUUGUUCGGCUGAGACAUGAAAAGAAGCUAAAAGUGAAUAUGCACCAGAAGAUCUAUAGUAUCGACCAGGAGACCAUGCAAGGCACAGGGGAAGAGCUCUUCAACCAUAUUGUGUACUGCAUUGCUGACUUCUUGGACUACAUGGGAAUGAGAGGAGCAUCCUUACCUCUGGGAUUUACAUUCUCUUUCCCAUGUGAUCAAACCAAACUGGAUGAGGGCAUUCUUCUGAAGUGGACAAAGGGUUUCAAAGCCAGCGGCUGUGAGGGGAAAGAUGUCGUUAAGUUGCUUAAAGAGGCUGUCCAGCGCAAACAGAAAUUUGACUUGAACUUUGUGGCGGUGGUUAAUGACACAGUUGGAACCAUGAUGACCUGUGCCUAUGAGGACCCCAGAUGUGAGGUGGGCCUUAUUGUAGGCACAGGAACCAAUGCCUGCUACAUGGAGGAAAUGCAAAACAUCGAAACAGUGGAGGGGAACGAAGGCCGCAUGUGUGUCAAUGUGGAGUGGGGAGCAUUUGGUGAAAAUGGUGAACUGGACGACUUUUGCACGGAGUUUGAUCAUGCUGUCGAUGAAUGCUCCAACUAUCCAGGGAAACAGAGGUAUGAGAAGCUGAUCAGUGGCAUGUACCUUGGAGAGAUAGUGAGGAAUGUGCUACUGGAUUUCACCGCUAAGGGUCUGCUGUUCAGAGGCAAAAUGUCAGAGCGGCUAAAGACACGGGGCAUCUUCGAGACCAAGUUUUUGUCACAAAUUGAAAGCGACCGUCUGGCCAUGCGUCAGGUCCGCUCCAUCCUGCAGCACCUGGGCCUCACCGGGUCCACGUGUGAUGACAGCGUUCUGGUGAAGGAGGUGUGCAGCGUUGUCGCUCGCCGUGCAGCCCAGCUCUGUGGCGCCGGUUUAGCAGCCCUUGUUGACAAGAUACGGCAGAACCGCAACCAGAAUCAGCUCUCCAUCACCGUGGGAGUGGACGGCACCCUUUACAAGACGCACCCUCAUUUCUCCAGCAUCAUGCAGGAAACCCUGCAGGAUUUGGCCCCACAGUGUGAGGUGACUUUCCUCAAGUCGGAGGAUGGCAGCGGGAAAGGAGCAGCGCUCAUCACAGCUGUGGCCUGUAGAUUCAAGAGCGAGAAGCUGCUAUGAAUCCACUGGACGAGAGCGGAGCUGCAAGGGGUUUCUUCCUUUGGGUCGACACAUACUGUGCAGUCCAUCAAUAUUCUGUAGUUUAGAGUUUUCUGCAUGUUUAUCCCAUGUAGGUGUCUGAGUUUUAUGGUAUGACGCGAUGCUGUGCCGGAAGUUGGGUGUAAAUUAAGCUCAGAACUCACAGCUCUGCUGUGUGUGGUAAUGAAUCUACACCUUGAGUCAGACUUUACUGUUACGAGCAUUGGACCUUUGUUUUUUUUAACACUCCCCAAUUGUCUUUUAUUUUUAUACCCACAUUGUAGUUGUUUUGUGAGUCAACUUUGAAUAAUUCGACUUUUAGCAAAUUUACAGUAUGAUGAGUUCAGAAAAACCCUUUAAUAGACCAAAGAUGAGCAGAUCAGGACAUGAAGCAGCUAUUUUAGUAUCUCUUUGAUAACUUUAAGUUUUAAAAGAAUUUCACAUUGAAUGUUAGAAGGUACGCACAAAAAUGUUUUUUUUAAGCCAUUUUGGGGGUGUUGUGUUUUAAAAUUGUACCGUUGGCCACAGGUAGGCCUGUCACGAUAACAGAUUUUGCUGGCCCAUAAAUCUUCUGAAAAAUUAUCGCGAUAAACCACAAUAUUGUCAUUUGGAGACAUUUUUCAG